AUGCGUACUCACCUUCGAGGUGACGGCGGAACGAAGAUUAGGGCGGAUCUCCCCAUAGCGAUCAUGUGGAACGUCGUGGUGCAAGGCCAACUUAGAUUCGGGUAUAGGAAACGACGGUGUGAUGGCGCGGGGGAUCCAGGACGUUUCGCGUCGCAUCUAGGAUUCGUGCAUGAGGAGGGUCGGUUCAAGAUCGAACGAGCGCAAACGGCCGAAAUCCUGGAAACGGGAAUUCCUCCGUCGCGGAGGAGAUCACGAAGACAUCGUCGCGGACGAAGUUCUGCCGGGUUUGAAAGCGGAGUGGCGGGCGUCGCGGGUUCGAGUUCGCCGAGAGAUAUGGAGUUCAAAGGAGGAGAGUUGGAAGAAGCUCCUGAGCGAAGUGAAUUCGGAUCCGUGGGGUUUUUCGUUCCGCAUCGUGACAAAAAACUGCGAAGUUCAUCGGGGCCGCUAACGGAUGGCACGACGAGGGAUUUUCUCGCCGAAGUAAUCGCGGAGCUCUUCCCUCGCGUUGCGCCCUACGCGUUCCGCCCGCCGGAUUUUGCCUUCGUCCGCAAACGCGACCGAGUCACUGAGGGGGAGAUCCGCACCCUCCUCGACGCGACUUCCAAGAGGCGCACGGCUCUGGGCCCGAACGGCGUGCAUUAUUGGAUCCUCGGCAAGUUCGCCGAGGUGAUGUGCGCGCGUCUUUCGGCGCUCUACACCGCGCGUUUCAGGAGGGCGUCGUUUCCGAAGCAAUGGAAGUGUGCGAACCUCGUGCUACUCGAAAACCGGGAAGAGAUCCGUCGACGUCAGGCGCAUAUCGACCGAUUUGCCUUCUCGACGUGGAGACUUGUGUUGCUUCCGAAAUCGGGCCGCGAUCCGUCGUCACGUAGUUCGUAUCGACCAAUCUGUCGUCUUGAUGUUGACGGCAAGUCGUUUGAGCGCAUCGUCGCGUCGCGGAUUAUCGCACACCUUAAAAAUGGGGAUAAGAGACAUGAUCUUUCCUCGUACCAAUUUGAAUUCCGGACGGGGCGUUCUACAGCGGACGCACUCAUUCGGGUUCGAGAUUUGGUGCAGGCAGCACUAAAAAAGCGAGGUGUCGCCAUUGCGAUAUCGAUUGAAGAACGCGUCAAAAACGCGCUUAGUUCGGUGCCGAAGAGGGGCGAUUUGGACGAACCUUGA